AUGUCUACCAGGCACUGCUAUGAGAAAACCACCAACCAGAACGAACCUCUUCUCGGCUACAAAGGUUUUAUCUUCCUGACGAGUAAUCGAAGUAUGGGUGCUGGAGGAGAUGUGUCAGUCCUGAGUGUCGCUGGCUGGUCUUCCGACAACCAAAUCUUGGCUUUUCCCUUUAUAAACAGUUUGGAUACCGCAGCUACCCAGUCUCAUCAAUGCAGAGCUGGCUACAACCGUGGCGAAGAUAACUUCUUGCAUGUGACCGAGUGCAUAGCAUUUGAGACCAAUGGAAGCUGCCAACUGUUCUACAACCCCACUAUCGGUGUCAUUGUUAUUGUCUGCACCCUAUGGGCGAUGCGAUGGCAUCAUUUCUGGGAACUCCAGACCGCACAACAAAUGGGAUGUGCUGGACAUCUUCGGAGAGGAGACUGGCUGCCUUUUCCAACAUAUCUAGAGCGGCAAUACUUUCCCAUUUUGUAUAAGAGGCUGCCACGGCAGAACAAGUGGGGAAAAGCAACUGGUCCAGUCCGUUGGACUGUAAAUAUCGCUCUGCUGGUUGGGGGUAUUGCAGGAAGCUUAUACUUUUUGAUCGCACUCAUUGCCAACCUAUUUUACCAUAAUUCGGGGCAAAGCGGGGAUAGUAUCUUCAAUAGCAUUUAUUCUGAGCUACGGCUCACUGUCGUGACGAAUUGCCCUCAAUGGAUUGUCACUAUCUUUUACUAUUUAUACAAUAGUACACUGACCGAAAUGCUCUCAGCUGCAGAGUAUAACUCCCAGGGACUGAAUCCUCUGCUACUUCGUGUGACUUGGCCUGUGAAAAACAGCCAACAGCGUUCAACCUACUGGUUUGAUGAUAGUAUUACUGCAAUCGACUGGCUUGUCUCUCAAGGCUACUUUUUUAGUCUGACCAUUCCUUACUAUGAGAAUGGAAACCUAAUAUAUAUAGCCAAAAACAGCCCCGUGUUCAUCUUAAUGGUACCUUUAGCAGCUGCUGGGAUUCUUGUGAUUUUCCUGAGCGUCUUGCUUAUUGCGCUAGCACUUCGAAGACUGAAGUCGCUUGUACCACUAGCAGCAACCCGCAGUGAUUCUGUCAGGGCUGCCUGUCACCCACCUGGAGAUGAUGCUUGCUUAGCCACCGCAGCUCAUGGUGAGGUAAUGUGGGGAAAGACUGAUUUCCCAUCUGACUGGAUCAUUGAACAUGGGGAUCGAACCGAUGCCAGAAAAGGUCAUUGUAGCUUUACCUCGCAAGAAGUAAGGCAGCCUUCUUUGGGUUAG